AUGACUCAAACUAUCAAUGCAGAUUUGUUGUUAAGAAUGAGUACUCUUAAUUAAGAGUUUCAUUUAUUAGCUACUAAUACUAAUUUAUUUAUGAAAACGAUUAGGGAUGAAUUGAUAAAAUAACAAUUAGAUAAUUAAAGUAGUAGAUAAAUCUGUGAUCAUAAUACUUAAGUAUGAAUUCAUUUAAAAUAGAGUGUUAGUGAAUUGAAGUGGCAUUUAGAUGAAUAGGUGGGUAUUCUCUAUAAAAAAUAUGAAAAAUAAGUUAAUGAUAAAAUAAGAGAAUUCGAAAGCAUUUAAAAAUAAAAAGAAAUUUCAGAAUAAAAUAGAAUUAAAGAAUUAGAAUAAAGAUUUAAUCAAUAUGAUGAUAUAAUUAAAGAAAUAGAUAAAAAAUGGGAAUCUAAAUCUAAUGAUCGUUACAUUGCAAGCAUUAUUCAAAAGAACUUAUUAACAAAUCAAAAUAUAGGGUAAUUUAUAGUUGAUAAAGUAUUGAAAUUAACAGAAGAGACUGUUUAAAAUAAAAUAAAUGAAUUUUAAAAGUUGGUUGAUGAUAGAAUCACAAAUUAAUUUCAUUAGAUAUCUAACUUACAAAAUCUAAUUAGAAAAUUUGAAUCCAAAUAUCAAGAAUUACAAAAUAAAUUGAAAAUACAAAAGGAUUUUUAGAUGGAUUUUCAAGAAUCUUAAUCAAAAAAACUAUAGGUUUUGUAGCAUCAAAAUUCUUUAUUUAAAGAAGUAGUUUAAUAAUAAGUUCAUAAGUAAUGAUUCAUAAUACUAAUUAGUAUAAUAGAAUAAUCAGAAUUAUGUAAAACAAAUAUUAAAGAUCUAAAAGAACAAAUGAUUAAGCAAUUUGAAGAUGCUUCUGUUGGAAAACUUGAAAAUAAUGACUAAUUAAUGUAGAUUAUGAUUUAGGAUUAACAUAAAAUAAGGGAACUUGAAAGAAAAUAGGAUUUGAUAUUUAAAAAUGAGAAUGAAAUUAAAUUAAAAUUAGAGUAAAUGCAAUAGGAUUAUAGUCAAUAAAAUUAGAGAGCAUUAAAUUAAAUUGUUACAAUGGAUAGUGAAAUGAAAAAUAUUAGCUUUGCAAUUAAUGGAAUCUUUGAGAAAAUGGGUACUAUUACUUUAAAUCCUUAAACAAUGUAAGAACCAAAAUAAUUUGAAAAACCAUAAGAAAAAUUUAAACCAUUAUUGGUAAGUCAAAAAAUUUAAAAAUAAUUCUGUUUAAAAGAUUAAAUCGGAUAAAUUGAAAUUUUAUUUCGACAUGUUUAGUUACUAUUCAGUCAUAUAUGUAAAUCAUAUAGAUAUGAACAAAAAAUGGAAUUGAAUAAGUAAAAAUUGAAAUCAGAUUUAACUAGAAACAAUUCGAAUGAAUAAGUUCCAUCAGAUAUCGAUCAUCCUUAAUAUGUCUUUUAACAAUAUUUGUUAUAAUAAAAAUAAGAAUAAUUAUAAAAGCCUGAAUUGUAAAAAGGUGAAUAGCCUUAUUAACAAUAGAUUUCCAACCCUUAAAAUUAAUUAAAGAUUAAUAUUCAACCUCCAUAAUAGGGGAAUGAAGAUUAUUUUGGAGAUUCUAAAUUAUAUUUUAAUACAACCAUGAGACCUCUUUAUAUUCAAGGGAAAUGUAAAAAUUUAAAUUAAUUAUAGAACAUGCAAUGGAUAUUCGACCUUAAAUUGAAAUGUAAUAAUUAUCAGCAAAGGUGAAAUAAGUGGCAAAUUUAUUCUGUGAUACAGAUUUAAGACAAUAAUUAAUUGAAAAUAGCUAAAGUUUUCGACCAGGAUCAGGAAAGAAAAAAUUACCAAAAAUUAAUUCAAAAAGUUUUAAUUUUUCAAAUGAUGAUUGA